UGAGUGUAUAUAUAUAUAAUAUAUAGAUAUAUAUAUAUCUAUAUAGAGAGAGAGGGAGAGAGGGUGAGAGGGAGUGAGAGAGAAUGGGGAAGGGAAGAGCACCUUGUUGUGACAAGACCAAAGUGAAGAGAGGUCCAUGGAGCCCAGAAGAAGACUUGAAACUCAUCUCUUUCAUUCAAAAUUUUGGUCAUGAGAAUUGGAGAUCUCUUCCCAAACAGUCUGGGCUAUUGAGGUGUGGGAAAAGUUGUCGUCUAAGGUGGAUUAACUACCUUAGGCCAGAUGUGAAGCGAGGCAACUUCACCGUAGCAGAGGAAGAAACAAUCAUUAAGCUUCACCAAAACUACGGGAACAAGUGGUCGAAAAUCGCUUCUCAGCUUCCAGGAAGAACAGAUAACGAGAUCAAGAAUGUGUGGCAUACACAUCUAAAGAAAAGACUGGUUCAGAGCUCAAGAACUACUGAUCAUCUUACUGCAGAUGAACCGGCCUCUUCUUGUUCGAGUUAUUCCGUUUCCCGUGGGAAAGAAGAAGAUGUUGGGAAGGAGGCUAAGUCUCAAGUAGAUGAUCCUUUGAACAGAAAGACCUAUCAGGAGUCUACUUCAGUGUCUUCUGGUGGCUCUAACAAUUCAAACCAGGAUGAUGAUCCAAAUAUAAGCUUCAUGUUCGAGUACAGCGAGUUUAAUGAUAUCGUUAUUCAAGAAGUAGACAAACCCGAUCUCCUGGAUAUACCUUUUGAUUCAGAUCCUGACAUUUGGAGUUUCUUAGAUGGUUCCAACUCAUUUCAACAAUCCGGUGCAAAUGAGAAGACAGAAGAAGAUUCUGAUGAGGAUGAAGUUAAGAAAUGGUUCAAGCACCUGGAAAGCGAACUCGGGUUAAAAGAAGAUGAGAAUCAACUUCAUAAACAGAGAACACAAGACGACGACGACGAAGAAGAAGAGGAAGAGGAAGACUCAUCAUCACUCUUGAAGACCUACGAGCUCAUGAUUCAUUAACAAAUUCAAAAUCUGAUUUAUUUUCAUUGAUGACGAGAAAAGAUAGUUAUAUUAUAUUAGAUAUCAAUAUUUAAGGGAAAGGUAGAAAACAGAGAAAGUGUAUUCCAUAGUUAAUUUUCAUGGCAUCUUCAGUGUAUAAAGGGUAAGAAAUUAAUAGAUAUAAAUUAAACAUAG